UCAUGGCUAGUAGCGACUUGAUUAUAAGUUGGAUGACCCUUUGUCCAAUCCAAAGGAAAAUUGCUUGUGAAGUCAAUGCCUUGAACAAAUCCCAAGCUACCAUGAACUGCUCCAAAUUAUAUAAGCAAGUACACCAACACAAGGGAGCCAGAGACAAUGAAUUUUGAGAGGGGGUACAUCGAUGUGGUUCUGGUCCCAUUCGGGCUUCUGAUCAUGUUGAUUUACCACCUCUUCUUCCUCUACAAGUAUUUUCAUCAACCUCUAUCCACAUCCAUGGGGUAUGAAACCAACGACAAGCAAAUUUGGGUUGCAAAAAUUCUUCAGGUGCAGGGUGACAAUGUUAACAGAGGACUUGGUGUGAUUUCUUCCAAUACAAGUGCAGCCAUGACCUUAGCAUCAAUCUGUUUGACUCUCUCUUCUCUACUCGGAGUUUGGAUAGCAAAUUCUCCCAGCAAGUCCUUCCCAAUAGAAAUGAUCUAUGGCAAUACGACUCCAUCGAUGAAUUCAAUCAAGUAUAUCUGCUUGUUGACCUCUUUUCUGCUUGCUUUCUCGUGCUUCGUUCAAUCAGCUAGGCACUUUGUCCAUUCGAACUACCUAUUGAGCACUCCGGGGGCUAGCGAUAAAGGGGUUGUGAAGAAGGUGGAAAGAGCAGUUCAAAGAGGAAGUGAAUUUUGGUCGCUUGGGCUUAGAGCACUGUAUUUUGCUCUAAAUUUUCUGCUGUGGUUUUUUGGACCUAUACCUAUGUUUGUUUCCUCUAUCAUAAUGGUGGUGAUUCUGUAUUGCCAUGAUUUUAGGAAGUCGGAAUCGGAUAAUCUCCAUGAUGUAUUAUUGCUUUCUUGAACAUCAAGUUUGUAAAACUGAAUCAAAUUUUCACUUAUAAAUGCAACUAUGUCUCUGGGUUUAUGAUUCGA